GGACAGCAUUCCCAAAAAAUUUGAAGACCGACAACGUGAGGCAGCAAGGGACAGGACAAGAUCGUGGACGCUCCCUAAGCAAACAACUGGAAGCACAGUUUAUGUAUGACCUGGUCAGUGAAUUUAGCUGGACUGCCAGUGGAUUGAAGGUAUACCAAAGAACAAGGACUUUGUGUAUAUAACAGACGGACAUGAUGACAGAGAGAAAGACGGACAACUUGAUGAGCAACAGGAGACGAACAAUGUGAUUUUUCAUCCUGCCAUUAGUUUCUGUCAGCAGCUGUUUUUACACUUAACAGGGUUUGCUUUUAAGUCCAGUUGUUCUACAAAUUCUCAGGAAACUGGUUUGUUGCAUUCCUGGCCUGGCAUACACACAGGGAUGGACAGCAGUGACCCACAUGAAGAUGAAAGAGGAGGCAGAAGGAAAGAUAGCGAUGGAGAGAAUGAUAAGCAGCUGAAGAACCAGCUCAACAGUGAGGAAAAAGGAGAGAAGGAGAUCAAAGAGAAUGACAAAGAGAAGAAGAAAGAGAGCCAGCGUUCUGGGUCUCUAUGGAGGAAUGGGUGGGCACUGAGUGAAAGACUAGCCAUCAAUGUCUCCGGGAUGCGUUAUGAAACUCAGCUUCGCACCUUAGCCCAAUUCCCUGAUUCCUUGCUUGGGGACCCCAGAAGGAGGUCACGAUACUUUGACCCGCUUCGAAAUGAGCUCUUCCUGGACCGCAAUCGUGCCUGCUUUGAUGCCAUUCUGUAUUUUUACCAGUCGGGUGGGAGGCUUCGAAGACCUGCAAACAUACCCCUGGACAUCUUCAUGGAUGAGUUGAUGUUCUAUGAACUGGGAGAGGAGAUCAUGAACCGCUUCAAGGAAGACGAAGGUUUUCCAAAAGAGGAGGAGACCCCGCUGCCAGCCAACGCAAUCCAGAAAAGACUGUGGAUGCUGUUUGAGCACCCUGAGUCUUCAUCGGGUGCACGUAUCAUUGCCAUCAUCAGUGUUAUGGUCAUUGUGGUGUCCAUCCUCAUCUUCUGCCUGGAGACACUGCCCGACUUCAGGAAUGAGAAAGAGACACGAGAGGAAUAUUUUUACAAGUACCACGCCCAGGCAAAGAACGUAUCUGAAAACAUGCCACUUCCACAAAGUGUUUUCCAUGACCCUUUCUUCCUGGUGGAGACCAUAUGUAUAUGCUGGUUCUCCUUUGAGCUCCUCAUGCGCUUCACUUGCUCACCCAGCAAGACGCACUUCUUCAAGGAUGUCAUGAACAUCAUCGAUUUCAGUGCCAUCUUGCCCUAUUUUGUCACUCUGGGAACAGAGCUGGCUAAGGACAAUGACGCUUCUCCAGCCACAUCUUUGGCCAUCAUCAGAGUUAUCAGGUUAGUGAGGGUGUUCAGGAUUUUUAAGUUGUCUCGCCACUCCAAGGGCCUCCAGAUCCUUGGUCAGACACUGAGGGCCAGUAUGCGUGAACUGGGCCUGCUUAUCUUCUUCUUGUUUAUUGGUGUCAUCCUCUUCUCCAGCGCCAUCUAUUUUGCUGAGGCUGACCACGCCAACACAGCCUUUAUUAGUAUACCACAUGCCUUCUGGUGGGCAGUCGUCACUAUGACCACCGUGGGCUAUGGUGACAUGUCCCCAGAGACAGUGUGGGGUAAACUUGUGGGCUCAAUGUGCGCUAUUGCCGGUGUGCUUACCAUCUCGCUACCAGUGCCCGUCAUAGUGUCUAACUUUAGCUACUUCUACCAUCGGGAGACAGAAUGUGAGGAUCGGACAGAGUACACCCAUGUCCAGACGAGUCUGUGGGACGACGGGGAGCCAGAGGGGGAGGAGAUAGAGGAAGGGGAUAGGGAUCCAGAGGGAGAUUAUUAUGCUAUUGAAGGCAUCUGCAGCCCUUUGAAUGGGACUCUGCUGGGUGGACUGUGUACAGGGCAGAGCACAGAAUUCAGAGGAGGAAAUAUGUAUCUGAGGGAACCACUGGUUACUCAAGUGUAGACAGGGUGACUGUGUAAAAGAAAAUUAUAAGAUAAAUGAAAAAAAGCAAAAUGAAACACAACAAAUAUGAGUUGGCAGGUCCUGAUGAGAAAAAUUAGAAAAAAGGAACUGGCCAAAUGGACAAUCAUGAUAAGUAAAACUAUAAAUAUAGCACUAAUGUGCCUACUACUUUUUAUUGCCUUUCCUUGUUUAUUUACAGGUAUUUAUUACAGCACUAGCCAAAUGUCUCUGAAAGGCAAGUUUUGUAUAAUAUAGCUUUUAAAAAGCAAGAAAAAGACAGUAAGUUUUAUAUUCUCAGGGUCAUGAUAUAAAUAUAAUAUGAGCUGUUAUUUAUUAAUGCUAUCAGCUUGUGUUUGAGAUGAAAAUUACUUUCUGAAUGUCUGUUCUGUGCCUUGAAACUAUGAUGUCUUAGUACUGUCACUUUGUGGCUUAAUGUUUGAAGUGGAAGCAGAUAGAUUAUUGGCAAUAUAGAUGUCAUGUCUCAUAAAAACUCAACCAAACACCAGCAGAGCUGUCACUGCAGAUAGACUGAGAUCUCUCGUAAACCAACCCCACAUUCUCAACAUUCUUCUGUAAGUAAUGUACAAAGUUCACAUUUGUGUAGUUUUGGCUUAUGUGACCUGAAGCGACUGACAUGACCUUUAUCAUGGUGUAAUACAACACUGACAGUGACAGUGUUACCCAUUUGUGUUUGAGGAAAAGAGGAAAGUUUCUAAUUGCUAUGGCAAAAAGUUCUGUAUUUACCUGCUUAAUCAUGCACUCAGUGUUUUUAAUAAAGAUUAUAUUUUAUUAAUUUUCUUAAAAGAAGCAGUGUUGUGUAUGGUU